AUGUUUGAACACUGUUUCCCUGACAGAAGAAGACCUACCCCGGCAAAGAUAGGGAGUGAAUUUUUACCUUUUCUUGGUUAUGGCACAUCACCAGAACCUGACACGUGCUGUAUGACGAAAUUGAACUCUGUAUGGAUGACUUUUCCCACAAAUCCAUUUGCCCCUUUUAGAUGUCCAACCAAAAUUCCUGCUGAUUUUGGAGGGUUAUUUUGCAGUUCUAUUGCUCUGUUAAAAGACAUGAAGAACAAUGCAGCUGCAAUGCACCGAGAAGAGGGGACUAAGCCAUUGUAUCAUUUGGACAUCGAAUAUCUGGUUGUCACAGCAAGGCGGAUCAAAUUUACAUGCAUGAUAUAUAAGACUCCUCUCGCCAUCGGAUCGUAUGAUUUCUUCCCUUUAACAUCAGGUGCUCCACCUAUCAGGAUCAAAAGUCUACAAGAGAAAGACAAAAUUUCCCAUUAUGAGAAUAGUACAUUUAUUCGCAUUUUGAGAAGAGAUCUUGGAGAGAAGGAAAGAUUAAGAUCACUACUGUGUCCCAGCAAGCCACACAGCUAUGGGGGAGGAGUUGGAAUGCAACACCCUGAGCUUUUGGAAUGUUAUUUGAAGGAGGAGUCAGGAGCAUUUAAUGACAAAGUUGGAAUAAAAUGCAAAGAAUGCGGGGAAUCAAAGCAAAAAGCGAUCGAAGGGGAGCCAAAAUACACUCAUUGUGACUUGCGUUUCAACACAGCAUGUACAAGCGGUUUUAAAUUAAGCAAUUUUUGUUAUUCAAAACUCCAGAUUAAAGAAGAUAUUAUUCACCCAAUGUCAUUUAUUUCAUAUUUUUGGUCAUUAACCCAUUUUCAAUCUGUCCGAUGUAUAGUUUCAUCGAAUUUACUUGCACAGCUUUCGGUGCUGAAGCCUCAAUAUCAGUCUGGGAGAUGUAGUAUGAGUUAA